CAACUAAUUCGUAUCACAGUGGAUCCUUCUCUCCGUCUUCUUCAAGUGGGACUGGAAGUCCAAAUUAAUCAAACAAAUCCUCUAUUAUAUCCAAAAACCCGAAGCUCCGAUUCGUUACAAUCCACAAUACAAUCUCACAAAAUCCUCACCAAUCGACUGCGGAGAUCCAAUCGCAGCGACGGAUUGAAGAAGAUGAAGAUCACAGUGAUGACUGCAGACGAACAGAUCCUCUCAUUGGACGUCGAUCCUCACGAGACUGUUGAGAAUGUGAAAGCUCUGCUGGAGGUGGAGACGCGGGUGCUGCUUCAUCAGCAGCAGCUGCUAUAUAAUGGGAGGGAGAUGAGGAAUUCUGAGAAGCUAAGUGCUCUUGGUGUCAGAGAUGAAGACUUGAUAAUGAUGGUAUCCACUGCCGCUUCGAGUGCACCCACCAAUGCUUUGAGCUUCAAUCCGGAUGGGUCUGCGGUAAAUCCAGGUGCUUUCCAGCAGCACAUUAGGAAUGAUUCUAAUUUGAUAGCACAGUUGUUUCAGAGUGACCCAGACUUGGCACAAGUUAUUCUUGGAAAUGAUCUCAAUAGACUGCAGGAACUUUUACGAGAGCGUCAUCGCCAAAAAUCUGAACUAAAACGGAAACAAGAUGAGGAGCUUGCUCUUCUUUAUGCAGAUCCUUUUGAUGUUGAAGCCCAGAAGAAGAUUGAAGCUGCUAUUCGCCAGAAAGGAAUUGAUGAAAAUUGGGCUGCUGCUUUGGAGCAUAACCCUGAAGCUUUCGCAAGAGUGGUUAUGUUGUAUGUUGACAUGGAAGUGAAUGGUAUCCCGUUGAAGGCAUUUGUUGAUAGUGGAGCGCAGUCAACUAUUAUAUCUAAAAGUUGUGCCGAGCGUUGUGGAUUGUUGAGGCUUUUAGAUCAACGUUAUAAGGGCAUUGCUCAUGGAGUUGGUCAAUCAGAGAUAUUGGGUCGAAUACAUGUAGCUCCUAUCAAGAUUGGAAGUAUAUUUUACCCUUGUUCAUUCAUGGUUCUCGAUGCUCCAAAUAUGGAGUUUCUCUUUGGGUUGGAUAUGCUCCGUAAGCAUCAGUGCAUUAUAGAUUUGAAUGAAAAUGUUUUGAGAGUUGGCGGUGGAGAAGUUUCUGUACCAUUUUUGCAAGAAAAAGACAUCCCAUCUCGUUUUCUCGAUGAAGAAAGGUUUGCCAAGGAAGCAUCCAGCUCAGGAGCUCCUGUUACAUCGGGAACAGCAGAUACGAGCAAAACUGUACUAUCAGGAGGGCAAUCUUCUGGGAGUGCUCGUUCUAACCCGACUCAGGGAUCUGAUUUUGAAGCUAAAGUUGCAAAGCUUGUUGAGCUAGGAUUUGGGAGAGAUGCGGUAAUACAAGCUCUUAAAUUUUUUGAUGGUAACGAAGAACAAGCAGCCGGAUAUCUUUUCGGGGGCUGAGUAAACUUAAUACCUUAUAAAUUCAUUUCAUUGUUGGAAUACGCUUAGUUUGAGAACUCAAUUACAAAGGUUCAAGUUCGAAUAUUAUGUAUUUGCUACCAUUUGAUCUAAUCUUUUUGACUGAGACCCUCGAACGAGGGCUGCAAUUUAUACGAAAACUGUUUGCUGUUCCAAA